AUGGCGCACUAUCCGCAACCGGCUACGCUAGAAGCGGCCAUACCGCUGCUCUCUCGCCCAGAUCCUCGGCUACGACAGCAGUUAGGGGAGCGUCUAGCGGCCCUCGUGAGACGAGAGGAGAUCAACCAUGAGUUGGCUCCACAGAUCAUCGAUGCUAUGGUGACUUGGUUGAAUGGUGGGAACUUUAAGGUGGCCCAACAUGGUUUAGAGGUGAUAGGUGCACUCGCAGAAUGCAUGGGUCAAGAGUUCUCACACUACGUACCGACUGUGCUGCCGCAUAUCAUUGAUAGGCUAGCGGAUACAAAGGAGGGUGUACGCGUGUCCGCCCGCGCGUGUAUCUCGUCGCUGUCGGAGAGUCGCGCGGCGCCCGCGCGGCCUCUGCUCGCUCGGCUGCUGCCUGCGCUGCAGCACAAGGCGGCGCACGCGAGGGAGGAGACCUUGAAGUGUAUUGGCACUUUGAUUCAUUCGCACGGCGCGGCCGAGCUGCAGCUGCGCGCGGCAGUGCCGAAUCUAGCCGCGCUGGUGGGCGACCCCAGCGCCGCUGUGCGCGACGCCGCGCUACAGCUGCUCGUCGACGUGUACCGGCACGUCGGUGAAAGACUAAGACAAGAUUUGAAGAAAAAGGAACUAGUGCCUGCUGCUAAGCUGGCGCUCCUCGAGCAGAAGUUCGACGAGGCUCGCGAGGCGGGUCUGCUGUUGCCUUCUGCCAACCAAGGUCAAGACGAAGCGGACUUCGUGUCCCGGACAGUGAAGCGAACAAUGACUAUCCCGACCACGGCUCGAUCCCGGGAUGGAGAUAGCUCCGGUGCCUCCACACCCGCAUGCGAUCCCCCAAAGCGUACAGUCGCGGGGCUAUACAGCUUGACUUCAACUAGCAGGAAACCCCCACCACCCACUAAACAGACCGGCUCUGCCAGUGCCUCGAGCGGGGCGGCGGGCGUGGGCGAGGCGGGUGCGGUGUCGAGCGAGGCCUUCGAGGCCGCGUUCGCGAGCACCGCGCCCGCCGCCGUGUACGGCGCGCGCGGUCUCGACGACCUGUGCCGCCACGCCGCCGCGCUGCUCGGCGACCGCGCUGCCGACUGGGAGAAGAGGGUUGACGCUCUAAAGAAAAUACGCUCACUGCUCGCGGCCAACGCGCACGUGCAGUACCCGGCGGAGUUCGCUGCACACCUGAAGGACCUCUCCGUGCCCUUCCUCGUCGUCAUCAAGGAUCUUAGGAGUCAGGUGGUACGCGAGGCGUGCAUCACGAUAGCGCACAUGGCCAAGGUGCUACGCAACAAGCUGGAGCAGUUCAGCCUUUACAUACUGCAGGAGCUGAUCAACCUCAUACAAAAUGCUGCAAAGGUGGUGUCCUCUGCGGGCACGGUGUGCGUGCGCUACAUCGUGCAACACGUGCACGCGCCGCGCCUCGUGCCCGUGCUCGCCACGAACCUCACUUCCAGCAAGAGCAAAGAGAUACGCGCCACGCUCAGUGAGGUGCUGGUGCUGCUGCUGGACACGUGGAGCCCGCAGGUGCUGGAGCGGCAGCAGACGGUGGUGCGCGACGCCAUCCGCCGCGCCUGUGGUGACGCCGACAGCGCCGCGCGCAACCACGCGCGCAAGGCUUUCAUAGCGUACAAGCGUCACUUCCCGUCGGACGCGGAGGCGCUGUUCUCGCGGCUCGACGUCGCCGCGCAGAAGCAGAUCGAGCGCGAGCGGCUCGGCUCCCUCGACUCUCUGCACACACUGCAUACUACAUCUGAACGAAGAAAUAUUACGAGUCCUAGAAGCCCUUCUGCCAGUGUUUCUGCGUCCACUGAAAAUUUAGUAUCCGGCGUGAAUAGGACCAACUCUCUGAGACGACGACGCGCUUCCCAAGAGAGACCCCCCAUCUCGCACAUACCUGUCGCUAUGAGAGAGCGCUCCCCAUCCUCGGGCGGUGCAGCGCGCUCGGUGUCAGCGCUGGACGCGGCGGCGGCGCAGCGGGCGCGGGCGCGCGCGCUGUACUCGCACCUCGCACGCUCCAAGGUCGCGGCCGGGACUGCUAGCCUGCAAAAAACAAAAACUACGAGAUUCGAACUCAGGAGCUCCGGAUCUUCCGCAGAACAUGCUAGCCAC